AUGAACAAUAAUGGAACGAUACCUAACGAAAUACCGUAUAUUACGGAUCCGAAAUCGUAUAUUCGAGCAUAUGCAACACAGACACCAGCUUAUACAGUAAUGGACUCAUCAGGAGAUGCAUAUCAUAACACUUACCAUAAUGCAGGACGACGCAUACCAAAUAGUAAUAUCAAUAAAACUUAUCAGUUUGUUAAGGAACUUCGAGAUCAAAGUUUAACAAAAACGCAACGUAUCGCAAAUCAAUUCCAACAAUCACAACUUCGUGAUUUACCAGCACCACAAAGCAUGGAAAGCAUCUAUCAACAAAAAGAACGUCUUGGACGCGAUCAUAUCGAUUCAUUAAUUCGUGACAUGGAAUGGAAGCUAAAAACCGGUGAAGGAGUUAGAUCGUACAAGUAUAUAGCUGUACGUGUCAUGGAAUUCGUUACGUGCACGUACGAUCUUUUCAUAAUUUUCGAAUAA